AUGACAUCCACAAAGAAGAUCAUCGCAAUUGUCGGCGCUACCGGCAGACAAGGAGCAUCGGUUGCUCGCACAUUCCUGCGCCUUCCAAACUGGCACGUUCGAUGUCUUACUCGCAAUUCGGGUUCCGAGAAAGCCCAGAAACUCACAGAAGUGGGCGCCGAGGUAGUCGAGGCAGACCUCAACGACAAAGAAUCACUACACCGAGCCUUCGCCGGCGCCAAUGCCAUCUUUCUCAAUACCGACUUUUGGCAACCCUACCGCGAUGCUCUCGCGUCUGGCGUGGAUGCCCCGACAAGUGCCAAGCAAGGUUAUGACGCGGAAACCACCCACGGCGAGAAUGCAGCCAAUGUCGCUGCUACCAUUCCAACGCUGGAAAAGCUCAUUUAUUCGGCUCUGGGACCAAUGAAAAGGGUUUCGGGUGGGAAGUACUCGAGCUGCUUCCACUGGGAUGCCAAGGCGCAGAUAGUCGAUUACAUCGAGACUCAGCAGCCUGAAUUGGCAAAGAAGACAUCCUUCAUAUAUAUUUCUUGUUACAUCUCCAAUCCGUUCCUGUAUCCCAAGUACCAGUCGGAAAAAAAGGAGUUUGUCUAUAUUCUGCCGGCUAGCAAGGCUAUGCGCAUGCCUAUUAUUGAUACGGCUCAGUCGACUGGUCCAUUUGUCAGGGCUUUGGUGGAGGAUGAGGUCCCAGGGAUGAAGUUACUUGCUUACGAUGACUAUGUCUCUGUUGAACAGCUGAUGGAGACUUGGACUCGAGUCCUUGGCAAGCCGGUUGAAUUUAUUCAGAAGACAGUCAAGGAUAUGAAUGAAAAGCUUGGCCUCCCGGUUGAAGUUCUGAGUGGCCCAGCAUUCGUUGACGAGUUCGGGUACUUUGCUGGACUGGAGAACGUUGUUGAGCCAACUCAGUUGAAGUCCCAUGUACAGGGUCCGAAGUUUGAGGAGUGGUUGAAAAGUCAGGAUGUCGAGGAGUUGCUUGGUUUGAAGGAGUCGAACAAUUGGGAUGGGCUUGUACAAUAG